AUGGAAGUGUUAAAGGAUGCUGAUGAGGACGAUUGGCUGAAACCGAUGAAAGUCCAGUUUAUUGGUAAAGAGGGGAUAGAUGCAGGAGGGCUGGCUAGGGAAUUUUUUUCCCUGUUGUUUAAAAACACUACAGUUUUCCAGGGGACAACAUUUUCCUUAAAUCCAGAUUUUCUGGAAAAAAAGACAUACAAAAUUAUAGGGCAAAUCACAGCUAAAGCCCUUGCGCAGGGCCAUCCAGGUCCUGCAUGUUUAAACAAACAUAUUGUCAGAUAUCUCUUAACCGGAAUUGAUGAUACAUGUACUAGUAAUAUAAACUUAAAGGAAGGCGAGUUGGGAGCCGACAUAGACAGGGCCAUUAAACAGCUCUCAGAAGCCACUGCCGACACAGUAGGAAGUGUUUUUGAGCAAAAUGCUUCUGUACUGGAGGCAACAGGAUUUACAAAAUUGCUGACGUUGAAAAACAGAGAUGAGGCCAUAAAAGUAGUGAAGGCUCACUACCUUCUAUACAGAGUCAUGGCAUCUGUAACUCAGUCCAAGGAAGGGCUUAAGUUGGGAGGAGUCCUUGAGGUAUUAAGAAGAUUUCCCAAGGAUGCUGAGGGUGUGUUGGGGUCAGGAGGAGGAGUUACAGCUGAGGAUAUUCACAAUUUUUACAGCCCAAUUUACUCCACAGAAUCUACAGAGAAAUCAAAAGAGCAGCGGAUUGUCUAUAAUCUCAAUAGGUUCCUGUGUAAAAUUGAAAAAAACAAAAUAUCUUCUACAUGGUUAAAUCCAUGGCAUGAUGGUCAAGAUACACCUGAAGAUCAGACAAAAGCUAUCAGUCUGGAAAAUGUGUCACAGGCACUUAUCGGAAGUCCCAGACUUCCAAGAGAUGUGUCCAAAGGAAAUAUUCAGUUUGACUACAAAUCAUCCAAUCUAUCGAGUGUUAACACUUGCGUACCCUUCAUUACUUUUUCAAAUAUUGACUCCAUCCAAGCAUAUGAAAAAUUUGAGGAGGCAAUGAUCUUUAUAGUAGUUGGUGCAUAUGGAUUUGGAUGUGCAUAG